AUGUCAACGCGUCGUCAUUUCGGGAUCGUAUUGCUACUAUGUAGUAUGAGUUUGAGCUCUAACUACAGGCUUUUAGAAAGCCAACAUGACCAUAAUUCAUGUCCAGCGCGGAAUAAGGAUACUAUUUUCGAGGAGCCACAUUUGAGUGAUCAGCAUAGGAACUUUUAUAACGUCCACGAAAUACCAAGAAGACCACUCCCCAACCCAAUUAAAAAUGAAAUUAAAUCUGAAAACUGGCUAUUGCGGAUUAUCAAUAUAAAAAAUGUUGAGCAAAAGCCAAGUCAGGAACCAGAAAAUCAACGAAUGGAAGGAUUUUUCAAGCGGUUUCUUAAUAUCCUAAGCUCAUAUAAUCAUAAAAGUGAACCGAAACUCCUUUUCAUAUUAAAAAAAAACCGUAAUCCAACAGAAACGCACGUAGUGAAAAAUGAACCUGAGCAAUAUAAUAUUAUGUGA